AUGAGUUCUUGCAAAAGCUGCAAGUCCAAAACCCUAAUCGUCGACCCAGUAACCGGAAACCUAGAGUGCUCAUCAUGCGGCGUCGUACAAGACUUCAACAAUUUCGAACAUCAAACGUUCAACGCAGACGGAUUCGUCGGUACAAACGUCCGAUUAGGCAAAUCAGGAUCCGGGUAUGACUAUUCUUACCAUGAAACCAAACUUUAUUUAGCCCAAAAUGUCAUAACAGAUAUACUAUCAAGACUUAAUUUAGAACAGAGGUUUGAUGAGGUUAAUACCAUGAUUAAAACAAUAACCGAAGACGAAUACGGGUCCGGAAACUGGUUUAAUGUGCUUGUUGGGGCUUGUGUUUAUGUUGUUAUGAGGAAAGCUAACAAAUUGUUACCUUUGACUUCUGUUUGUGAGAAUGUGGGGUGUGAUGUGUUUGAAUUGGGUCGAAUGGUGUCGCGGGUAGUCGAGCAUUUGGAUUUGAAGUUGCCGGAUUUCGAUAUUGUGGGGUUGUUUGAGAGGGUGUUUAGAGAGUGGGUUAGUUGUAAGGAGGGUGUUGGGAAGGGUGUAAGUGUGAGGAUGAUGAAACAGGGGAUUUUUUUGGUGCAGUGUAUGAUUAAGUGGUAUGUGACGACGGGGAGGAGGCCGGUGCCGGUGGUGGUGGCGGUGAUGGUGUUUGUUUGUGAGGUUAAUGAGGUGGAGAUUAGUUUGGAGGAUUUGGCUGGGCAGUUGAAUGUGGCGGUUGCGACGUGUAGGUUGAGGUAUAAAGAGUUGUUGAAACGGUUGGUGGAUGUUGCGAGGGAGAAUUUGCCAUGGGGGGAGGAUGUUAAUGUUAAGAAUGUUAUGAAGAGUGCGCCGCUUGUUAUUCAGUAUAUGGAGGUGAAUUCGAUGUGUGAUCCCGGAAAAGAUAUUAAAAACAUAGAGAAUGUUGGUGUGGAUUUGGAUUGUUUAGUGACUAGUUGUUUAAAUCAAGAUUUUCGGCAAAAUGAAUCGGGCGGUUGGGAGAUUGAAGAUUUGGAGACGCUUAAGGUUUCACCUGAAUGCUUAUCCGCGAUUUAUUCCAAGUAUUUGGAAGAAUAUUCUAACAUGAAGACGUCAAUGAAAAAAGUCGAUGACGAUAUGAUAGGUAGUGAAAAGUAUGAUUUUUCGGUGGAUACGGAGUAUUGGAGUGGAGAAUCAGCGUUAAGCAAGAAACUUUUUCUCGAUAAAAUAUUGGAAAAAGACGUCGGAUUGAAUGCUAUGCCUCCAUCUUUUGUUAACGGGUGCGUGAAAACACAAAGGAGAAAAGAAAAGAUAAAAGAUGCUAAAAUUAGAAUUGAGAAGAUAAGGCGGCCGUCAAUGGCUGCAAAAAGUUUCGAUGCAAGUGAUGACCGAUUGUUACCGGCGAAUUCAAGAAAGAGAAAGAGAAAGAGAAAGAAAUUUGAUCUUGAUUGGGAAGAUUUCGUCGUUGAAACUUUGCUUCUUCAUGAUGUAAAAGAAGAGGAGAUAGAGAAAGGGUACUACAAUGCAUUGUUGGAUCUUCAUGUCUUCCAAUCGAUUUAA